UUGUACAUGUCGACGUCAUCGGUUAUAUUCAUAAUUCUUGAAUAGAUUAUAAGAGGCACAAAAUUGUAUACGUCAUAAUUUUCGUUAUGUUACUUGUUGCGAUAUUUUUUAAAACUAUAUUUCAAAAUUAUUAUUAAAAAAUAAAAAUGGAAACACUUUAUCACCAAACAAAUAAACUGGUUUUGGAAACCCAGCAGUUAUUUAGUCAACUGGAAGGAAAACAGCCUAACCUUAAUAUCCAAGCGGUUGAAAGUGAAAUAGAAACAAAAAUUCAGAAUAUUAACAGCAACUGUGAUCGAUUAGACAUCUUGUGUUCAAAAGGCCUAAUUUCACAACGUCAAAAUGCAAAAAUGAGAGUUGAUCAAUUGAAAUAUGAUUGUCGUCACCUUACUGCAGCAUUAAAUUUAUGGAGGCAAAUGAAUUUAAAUAAACAAAAAGAACAAGCAGAAAGAGAAGCUUUGUUAUCUCGCAAAUUUACUACUAAUGAUCAUGUAGAUAUUUUAAUCGAUCAUAGUUUGCAACAUAAUAACAGUGUUCGUAAUGCAGUUUAUGGUGUUGACAAUAUUCUUGAACAUGGUGCUGGUAUUUUAGAAAAUUUACGAUCACAAAGGUAUGCACUAAAGGGAGCACAUAAACGUUUAAUAGAUAUUGGUAAUGCAUUGGGAUUAUCUAAUACAACAAUGAGACUAAUAGAGCAGCGAGCUCAUACAGAUGGAUUGAUUCUUAUUGGUGGCAUAAUUUUUACAUGUUUGAUUAUAAUACUUGUGAUAAUUUAUCUUUCAUAAUCAUU